AUGGGCCAGAAAAGAAAGGCCUCCAAAGGCUGUCCACCGCCGAAAAAGGCCCUUAAGCAGGAGGCGUUGCAUGACAGUGAUCCAAUAUACGAAGAAAAUCAUUCAGAUAUCGAUUACGCUUCAUCGGAUGAAAGUGUCGUAACCACUGUUACCCUCCAUGAUACCCCAGCAACUCCGUUCUCGACAACCUCAGCCAAGUAUCCAUCCGAGCUGAAAACUCACCGCUGCCCCUUUGACGAUUGCUCCAAAGCGUUCAACCGUCCAGCACGACUCCAGGAGCACCUACGUUCACACAACAAUGAAAGGUUAUUUAAGUGUACCCAUGACGAUUGCGACAAGUCCUUUUUGCGAGCCUCCCAUUUGAAUCACCAUGUUAAAAGUGCCCACACCGGAAUCCGAGAGUAUGUUUGUGAUCGACCCGACUGUGGGAAGAGUUUCGUGACUGGUUCCCGACUGCGUCGACACUUGGCUGCUCACGAUGGAAGAGACAAGUAUCGUUGCACGGAACAUCCACCUUGCAAUGAAACCUUCCGAAAACACUCGACUCUUCAAAAGCAUAUCAUGACUGUCCACUUGAAGCAAAAGCCUUUCCAGUGCCAACAUUCCGAUCCGCACACCGGUCGGAAGUGUCCAAUGGCAUUCGACACCGCGGGCCAUCUCCGCGCUCACGAGAGUAGAGUUCACACCGAAAAACGGUUUACUUGUGCCGAGUGCUCCCAGCAUGCCGAGCAAGCAGAUCCGAUGUCCGCCUCGAACGUUCACCCGUCAACUAACUCGCUGACGGUAGCAUUUCCCACUUACGCUCUUCUACAGGCUCAUAUCAGAUCUGCACACCCACCGCAAUGCCCCAAUUGUUCUAUCACCUGUUCCACGUCUCGCGAACUUCGCCGCCAUCUUGAAGUAGCUCACGGCGAUGUAAGCCUUGAGGACCGCAAAAUAUUCCCCUGUGCGGUUCCUGGAUGUGACCGUAGUUUCACCAAAAAGGGAAACCUAACGGUUCAUGUCCGAACGGUGCACGAAGGCGAGAAGCGGUUCGUUUGUGGCGAGACCGACCUGUCGGCGUCGAAAAAGGUAACUGGGUGGAACGGCGACGGCUGUGGGAAACGGUACGGCAGCAAACUAGCUCUAGAGGAGCAUAUUCGCACAGCACAUCUCGGAUUCCAGAACGCCAAAGCGGAGCGUCGACAACGUUUGGGCCUGACUAAGGGACGACAAAAUACCCAAUCCACACCUUCUGGCCUGUCGGCGCUGGCCGCACUCACAGGCGAGGGAUAUGCCGAAGAGUCAGGUCGUCGUAUUGCCUGUUUUGUGGAGACCUGUCCACAUCGCUUCCACCGCGACUACGAUCUCUGGGUGCACAUGGGAAGUAAACAUGGGUAUUCGGAAGAUGAGAUCAGAGACAUGUUCAUGCAGCGGGCAUUACUUGCCGAUAAGGACGAAUUCAUCCCCGAUAGCAUGCCUGGGAUUUAUGGACUUGAGUUUGACCAUGAUGACCCUUCGCCUUACGAGCCGUACGCCCUAGAAGAGAUCCCGGAUAUCGGGACCCUGCCUAUGAAUGCUGCCAAUUCAUACGCAGGCUUCAACACGACAGAACUGGCCGAGAAACCAGACUAUAGCUCUGACAUAAUGAUGCAAGACCUUGAUUCCAAGAUACCCAGUUCCGAUGAUAUGGCGAUGGUUGAUCCUUCGUUGGCUUAUAAUAUGAUGGGUGCAUAG